UCCAGUCCAGGGCGACGUGCGCCUCUCGAAAGACCUUUACCUGCGAUUCGACGCGGCUACGAUUUCAAAUUGAAAAACAAGUGCGUCGCGAACGAGAGCGACAGACUGGACGCGUGGAACAAUUAAUGUAUCCGGCGUGGAGGGAGGAGUGAUCAAGUCUUGAUCGCGCGAUGCGCACCAAAUCGCGGCGUUGUUAACGUCCGCAUUGCGCUCGAAAGCUUGGCACGAUGGACGAGAAGACGAUCGACCGAAUUUUCGCGGGCUCGCUGGAGCAGCUGCCCGCGGUCAGCUCCAAGAUCGUCCGGAUUUUCACUAGCUCGACAUUCACGGACACAACGAUGGAGAGGAAUACUCUGAUGGCGCAAUGCUACCCGAGGUUGAAGGACUACUGUCGAGAGAAACACGGUUUGGAGUUUCAGGUGGUGGACAUGAGAUGGGGCGUGCGCGACGAGGCGACCGACGACCACAUGACCACCGAGCUGUGCAUGCGAGAGAUCGAGAACUGCCAGCGACUGUCUAUGGGGCCGAAUUUCGUGGUAUUCCUCGGCCAGAAGUACGGCUACAGGCCGAUACCGACCUACGUGCUGAGCUCGGAGUUGGAAAUGCUGAGAAGCGAGCUGGACGUCCAGGGCUGCGACGUGAGCGUGCUCGACCAGUGGUACAAGAAGGACAGCAACGCCGUGCCGCCCACCAGUAUUCUUCAGCCGAUAUCUUCCAUCCUGAAGAACUUCAACAACAAGAGGAUACCGAAGCUGCAGCAGGAGGACCAGGCGAUCUGGUGGGACACGAUGGUCAAGAUGCAGAAGCUCUUCCGCAAGGGCGCGCAGGCUCUGUUCAACAGCGGCAAGUUCGACAAGGACACGAUGCACAAUUACUUCAUGUCCGUGACCGAGCGCGAGGUGAUCAACGGCAUCCUCAACGUGAAGAACACCAAGAACCACUGUCUCGCCUACAUACGCAUAAUCAACAACAUCAACCUGCAGAACCUGCGCAAGGCCAGCUUGUACCUGGACAUCCUGAACAGGAGCUUGGACAACGAGGCCUCCAAGCUGCUGUCGGACCUGCGCGACACGAGGGUGCCCAACAAGAUCGAGGACUCCAACUUCCAGAAGUACGUGAUCGAGUGGAUAGGCCGCGAGGGCUUGGAUCCGGAGACGCACGGCGAGUACCUGCAGGAGUUCGUGACGCAUUUCUACCGCAACAUCGUUAAGUUGGUCGAUCGAGCGAUGAAGAAGGAGGACAGCUCGGCGCAGGGCCAGAUAAUCACGGAGAUCCUGCAGCAUCUGCACGCCUGCAACAACUCCGUGAAGGUCUUCUUCGGCCGAGAGGACAACCUGGUGCGCAUCCGGCGCUACAUGCUCGACAGCGGCGACAAGCCGCUGGUACUGUACGGCGAGGGCGGCUGCGGUAAGACGUCCCUGCUGGCCAAAAGCGCCGGACUGUCGAACCCGCGGGCCGCGAGGAAGGACAAGGACGCCGCCGCGGAGGAGGCCUGCUGGUUCGAGGGCAAGAGGCCCAUCAGCGUGAUCAAGUUCCUGGGCACCACGCCCGACAGCAGCGCGCUCACGCCCACCCUCGUCUCCAUCUGCCAGCAGAUCUCGUACAAUUACAUGCUACCGUUCGACGACAUCCCCGACGACCUGGUGCCUCUGACGGCCCACUUCAAGCACCUGCUCACGCUGGCCACGGCGGAGCAGCCGAUCUUGCUGUUCCUCGACAGCGUGGACCAGCUGACGGGCACCCAAGGCAACAAGCUGUCCUGGCUGCCCACGCGCCUGCCGGCCCACGUCAAGAUGAUCCUGUCGUGCGCAGCCGAGCAGUCCAAUCCCGUGAUCUCGCGCGACUACCACUUGCUCAGACGGAUGAUCGACCACGAGGACUGCUUCAUCGAGGUGACGGCUCUCGGCGAGGACCUGGCCAUGGAGAUCGUCAAGAAGUGGAUGCACAAGGCGCACCGCGACCUCAACAACUAUCAGUGGCGUCUGGUCGCCAACGCCAUUUCCAAGUGCUCGCUACCGAUCUUCGUGAAGCUCGUCUACGCGGAAAUCUGCCGCUGGCGCAGCUACACGAAGCCGGCCGACACCCACCUGGCCAACACAGUCAUGGACAGCAUCAUGAUGCUGUUCGAGAGGAUCGAGAAGCAGCACGGCAAGAUUCUCGUGUUCCACGCGCUGGCCUACAUCACCGCGGCCAAGUCCGGGCUGUCCGAAUCCGAGCUCGAGGAUCUGAUCUCGCUCGACGACAAGGUGCUCGACGACGUCUACCAGUACCACUUGCCGCCCGUCCGGCGCAUUCCGCCGCUGCUCUGGACGAGGAUCAGGAACGACCUGCCCAACUACCUGAGCGAGAGAGAGGCCGACGGGGUGAGCGUGCUCAACUGGUACCACAGGCAGUUCAGAGACGCGGCCAAGGAGAGGUACUUCAAGAACUUGAACUUGGCCACCUAUUUCCACUCGAUGAUCGCGGAUUACUACCUUGGCAUUUGGGGCGGCGGCACGCCCAAGCCUUUCAAGUUCACCGAGAUACAGAGGCACAGGUUCAAUCUACAGGACAAGGAGGGCGUGGCCGAUCGCAAAGUACCGGAACAGCCGCUGGCCUUUUACUCGAAGGAGGGGAGCAUCACCAGAUACAACUUGCGAAAGUUCGGCGAGCUUCCCUACCACUUGGUGCGGGCACGCCGCUUCAACGACCUCUUCGAGAGCGUGCUCUUCAACUACGAGUGGCUGCACGCCAAGCUCAGCUCCUGCCCUCUGCAGGCGGUCCUGUCCGACUUUGAGGACGCGUGUCUCAACAUCGACGAUCAGAAUCUGGUCAGGGAGCUGAUGCUGGUGGCGGACGCGCUGAGGCUCGGCGGCGCGAUCCUCGGCAAUCAUCCCGACAUGCUCGCGCCGCAGCUGGUCGGCCGACUGCUGCCGGAGAUCGGCAACAACGUCAACGUCCGCAUGCUGCUGCGCGCCUGCGACGCCGACGGCGCCAAGGACUGCGCCCUCCUGCCGCUCUAUCACUGUCUGCACACGCCCGGGGGACCCCUCAAGUACUCCCUGGAGGGACACCAGUUCGCGGUGUUCGGAUUUUGCCUGACCUCGGAUUACCGCUACGUCGUGUCGAUAUCGAACAAGUUCAUCACUUGGGACUUGAGCACCAGCGACAUGACGAGGGACGUGAGUCCUGGCAUCGAGGGCAUAAUGCAGCAAUUGGUGAUGAGUCCGGACAACAGAUACGCUGCUGCUUAUACGAAUAACAACCAGUCGGUGGUUUUGAACACGUUGACGAGCGAAUUCGUCAUCAUCGACAACCCCUUACCGGAAGAGGCGAAAGUCUGCGGCGUCUACCUCAUGAAUCAGUUUGCUUUUAUCUACGGUAAGACCGGCUGGUGUCGAUUCGAUUUGCGAGGCAACUUGCUGAGCAAUCACACUAGUCCGGAAGAUACGAAUCAGUGGUCCAUAUUGGAAUUGGAAUAUACAACGCUGGACGACUACAGAAUAAUAUUUUGGACGAAUCAUCUGGACGACCCGAUGAUGCUGCUGCAUACUUAUCGGAAGAAAAUGUUUCUGGAACCGUUUCACUUUCACAGUGCAAUGGCAAUGACCAAGGACAAGCAAACUCUGUACACUUGCACAACGACAGACGUAUACAAAGUAACCAAAUACACGAUCAGCGAAGGUUCAACGCAGUGGGACGAAGUCUUGGAACUUCCGCGAACGUACAACGACGAUCUCGAGUACAUGUUGCAACUGAAGCUUAACAAGGAGGAGGACACAUUGCUAGCCACAACGGGUAAUGGUUUUGUUGUUUGGUUCUUGCUGAGCCAAACUGAGCCAAUUGUGUUAAUGCUUCCAAAUGGAGUUCGAAACAUAAGUACGAAAAUGAUGUGCUCAAACUCGAUUAUGAUAGACGGCACAAAGAAAUACGCAGUAGCCGGUGUCAGGAAAAAUUUGUACGUAUGGAGCUUGGAUAAGCCAGAGUUAGUCAAGAUUUUAGAUGCUCAUUUUGCAAGAAUCAUUCAAUUAGAAGCUUUAACUAUUGGUAACUGGAACAGUGUUAUUACAUCUAGCAUAGACAGAAGUGUCAAGGUGUGGAAUAUUAAUAAUAUUUUCGAGCAAGUUCAUGUUAUCGAUAGGCAUGAGCUCCAAAUUGAUUCGCUAAGUUUGGCAGAGAAUUGUAAUCUCGCUGUAACUGUAACAAGAGGAUGCGUUGGAGUGUGGGACAUACAAGCUGGCAAGUUAAUUUCAAAAUUGGCAGACAGUCCCUUGGGUGCCAUUGUCACUCAUGCUUGUAUAACUCACGAUGGGAGGUAUAUUAUUUCAACUGAGUCAGGAAAUGUAUUAAUUUGGAAUCGUAUCACAGAACAAGUUUUAUUCAAAGAUGAGCAAGCAGAUGUUAGACAAUUAAUGCUUAUUCAAGAUGGUUCAAGAUUUGCUACAGUAUCUAGACCAAAUAAUUCUCCCGGUAUUGAAUCAAUAAAAACUACUGCUACAUUUAUAAUGAGAAGCAUACCUGAUGGUACCACAUUAUUUAUUUUUGAAUACCCUGUAAGGAGUAAUACUGGUAUUCCAUUUAGAGAAGUUGUUAUAACUUGCGAUGGGAAUCAUCUUGUUGUACCAGCUGCAGAGAAAGGAAGUCGAGAUUGCAUAAUGGUUUACAAUGCAAAAACUGGAGUUAAUAUUAGUAAAAUACCUAUUAAAUUACCAGGAUUCAAGGAUAUUAUUGCCAUUGUACCAAUGCCAAACAAAGCAUCAUGGGUUGGCAUCAUUGGCUCUGACAGAGGUAGUGUUUUAGAUAUAACUAAAAAGAAAAUCAUUCGUUCCAUUCCAAAAUGGAGUGGCAAUAUAAGUAAAGAUGGAAAAUACACCUUGUAUGCUCCUAGCAGAGGUGGAUUAGAACUCAUUGAAUUGAAAAAAGGAACUACUAUAAAGACCUAUAUACCAAAAGUAGCAGAAGGUGUUUUCACAAUUAUUUCAAUGUUUAAUAGAACAGAUGAAUAUGUUUUGUAUUACCAUAGUGGUCGUAAGACCAUUAGAGUAUUCAGAUCAUCAGAUUGUCAAAUGAUAGCCAACUACAGAGUACAGGCUGAACUAAGUGCUAUUGACAGUACCUAUGAUGGACGUGGAAUAGUUUUAGGAACAGUUGAUGGCUGUGUAUCAGUACUAGCAAUAGCAGAUCCUCAUAAACCAGAAAUAAAAGAGUAUCUUGCCAACCUCCCUUCACGGGAUGAGAAGUGGAAAAAGCGAAUGGAAAAGCAAAAAGCAGCGAUCAAGUUCAAGGCAGCAGUUCGUAUAACUCGAGUGACACAUGACCUGACAAAUCUUGUACGUUCUGAAAAUUCAUCAAACGUGAGCAGUGAUGUUGUAGAAGAGCGAUUCGGGGAAAGUGACAUAUAAUUUGCAAAAUCAAAGAAAUUGAUGUAUUGAUUAAUUGAAUAAAUUCAAUUUGAUAAAGAAAGGUUGUUCUAUAAAUAAU